CGCGGCGGUGCCCGCGGCGAGGUGGCGGCAUGGCGGUGCCCUGGGUUCUGCCCACGCCCCUCGGCCCGGCGCAGCUGAAGCGCCUGGAACAGCACCGCUACAGCGCGGCCGGGCGCUCGCUGCUGGAGCCGUGGCUGCAGCCCUACUGGGCCUGGCUGGUGGAGCAGGUCCCGCUGGGGCUGGCCCCUAACGCCAUCACCCUGGGCGGCCUUCUGCUGAACUGCCUGACGGCGCUGCCGCUCAUCGCCUGCUGCCCCAGCGCCACCGAGCAGGCACCUUUUUGGGCAUACAUCCUGGGUGCAUUAGGACUUUUUAUCUACCAGUCUCUGGAUGCCAUUGAUGGGAAGCAAGCCAGAAGAACAAACAGUAGUUCUCCUCUAGGAGAACUCUUUGAUCAUGGUUGCGACUCUAUUUCCACAGUUUUUGUUGUCCUUGGAUCCUGCAUAGCAAUCCGACUAGGAACAAAUCCUGACUGGUUGUUUUUCUGUUGUUUUGUGGGACUGUUCAUGUUUUAUUCUGCUCACUGGCAGACAUAUGUAUCAGGCAUACUAAGGUUUGGAAAAGUUGAUGUAACUGAAGUUCAGAUAGCCAUAACAAUGCUGCUCUUGAUAUCUGCAUAUGGUGGCGCAGCAAUAUGGGACUACAAGGUCCCUUUGGUGGGCUUAGAACUGAAGUUCUUUGCAGUUUUUGGCAUACUGUGUGGAACAGCACUUGCUUUUUUCAAUUACUUCCGUGUCAUCUUUGGUGGAGGGGUUGGAAAGAAUGGAUCUACAAUAGCAGGAACAAGUGUUCUUUCACCAGGCCUGCACAUUGGACUCCUUAUCGCACUGGCCAUUAUGAUCUAUAAAAAGUCUACAACUCAGCUGUUUGAAAAACAUUCUUGCCUUUAUGUCUUGACAUUUGGAUUUGUGAAUGCUAAAAUCUCACAGAAAUUGGUGGUGGCUCACAUGACAAAAAGUGAAAUCUGUCUUCAGGACACUGCAUUUAUUGGGCCAGGACUUCUGUUUUUGGACCAGUACUUCAACAGUUUCGUUGAUGAAUAUAUUGUUCUAUGGAUAGCAUUGUUCAUAUCCUUGUUUGAUAUGCUGAGAUAUGCCACUGGUGUAUGCCUACAGAUUGCUGCUCAUCUUCAUAUACAUGUCUUCAGAAUUUCAUCUCAUCAAGCUCCUGAACAGGUACAAGUUGUUUCUCCAUUGAGCCAUCAGAAUAACAUGGACUGAAGAGACUUGCGAACAGUUGCCAUCUCCUGCUGUUGCUGUUACAAGAAAAGGAGAUAAUACUGAACAAAUGCCAUAUCAAUAUGAUUCCUUUGAGCUAAUUAAAUGAAUGUCAAAUGACUUUUUUAUAGAAUGUUCUAUUUUUGCAUUUAACUAACUUCUUCAUAGAUCUGAUACUUACGGUGUCCAUCAUAAUCUUCUUCUGCAGCAUAGCCAUUUCUUUGCGAAGUUCACUUUGUGCACCAACUAGAAGAUUUUCAUUGCUCUUCUCCAGCUCUUCCAUGCUCUGAAGUUAAGAAUAGAGAAUUGAUUAGUCACUGAGAAUUUAUUAGUUUUGUCAUGAACUUGACAGAAAAAUCAUACAGGAUUUUGUACUCCAGUCUGCAUUCCCAUUUAAACAGUAUGGACCCUGUGAAACAAUAUAGACCCUGUGAAGGAAACUGUUCCCUCCACUCAGCAUCUGAGAGGUCUCAGCUAGUUAUCCUGCCAUUUCAGUAAAGAUAAGAGUUCUACAAGAAAAAAUUAAACAGACAUCUGCCAGGAAUGAUAGGGGUUUAAUAUUAUGACAACCUUGAAGACUUGAAGUUAAGGACUAUAAAACCCAUUAAAUUUCCUUCUCUUUGCAUACUUCUCCCCAAAUAAGCCAAGUAAAGCUUGCUGGUUAUCUUCCCUUUUGUACACACAAUUAUGCCUAACUCUAUGUAUGUAUGUAGUUGCAUUUUCCUUGACUUGUAUUUAGUUAAGCUUAUUUGAGGCUUGAUUUCUACCUUUUGAUCUUCUUUGAGGAGAAAAAUCAAAGUAAUA